AUGUCCGUCCAGGUGCCACGCUGUUGGACCUGCAAUGCCGUAUUCGACUCCGUCGAGGCAGUGCGUAAGCACUAUGAGUCUGAGUACCAUACAAAUAAUGUUCGCCUUCGCGUUGACGGCAGGCGCCCGCUGACGACGCAGGAAUACAGACGUGUCCGAAUCGCGGAGCACGAUGAUGCCGAUGUGGAUGGACGACCGACUUUCGCAUGCAAGCUGUGCAAAAAGACAUUUCAUUCCGUGCAGACUCUCCAAGCUCAUGUUCGCUCAACAGCGCAUCUCAUGAAGAAGGAACAACGCAUCAUUGCACGUGAUUCAGACGCAAUGAGCGCUCUUACAAGUACCUCCUUGGGGAGUGCCGCGAUGGGCUUGCACCGCCGUCACAAUGCGAAGCGGGCAAAACCGCCAACCCAGGCAGCGAAAACCCGGUAUGUGGAAAAGGUGCAACUGGAUGAACGUGAGGAGGAUGUCAGUGAGGUGCGGUGCCUCUUCUGUGGCUGCCUGUCGGAUAGCGUGGAGGUCAACUUGCAGCACAUGAACGAUAUCCAUGAGUUCAGCGUGCCGCUUCCGCACAGGUGCCGUGACGUGGUAGGGCUCCUGGCGUAUCUGGCUCGCAAAAUGAACGGUCUCUUGUGUCUUGUUUGCGGUGAGAAAACUAGAGCGUUUGCCUCUCUAGAGGCGCUGCGGGCACACAUGCGGGAAAAGAACCAUGAGCGCAUCAUUCUUGGCCCAGAGUACGCCGAGUUCUAUAGCGUGAGCCUUGCCGACACCGACUGCGGCGCUCGGAUAGGCCCCAACGACACCGAGUUGGUUCUUCGCGACUCCCAACGCGUAGUUCAGCGCAGGGAGUGCGAGGUGCCUCGGCCAAGGAAAAAGGAAAGCGAAACACAAGCUGAGAAGCGACGUGCGAUUCUUGCGGCUGAUCAGGAGGCGAUGGCAAUGGCUCGGAAGGAGCGUCAGGAGGUGCUGCGUGUGCAAAACAAGGAGGCGCAAAAGAUUUUGAAGCGGCAGGAUGGCCAGUAUCAGGAUCACUUGCUCAGGGUGAAUCUACGAACAAACAAGCUGCAUCCAAAGGGGUACGAUGGAGAAGGUAAGUUGAACUAA